CCCGAGACUAAGAUUAGCUUGACGUCACCCGAGCGAUAUUCUGUGAAUUCGUGAUCAUAUUCCUCAGUUCGACGGGGUUAAAAAGACUACACCAGAUCAGGUGUGUUGUUCUUCUGCAACCAAAGACUUUGUCACACAAGUGGCGGAACAUGGCGACUGCCAGCGGAGGGUUGCAAUGUCCUAGUGCCAACGCUAAAUCUAUUGAGGACAGAGUUCAACAUGAUUACAGAGCCCUCAUAAUAAAACACGUGCGUUGUGGGUCAAUCAUUGGACGCAUGUGCGUGCCCGAAGAGCACCAAGAAACAGUUAAUAACAUCAUGGCUUUGGAAAACUUUCACCAACAGUCCCAAGCAACAAAGGCAUUCCUUGACUAUUUGAAUACAAACGGGGAACCAAGAGACUAUAACCUGUUUGCACAGAUACUGGAGCUCGAUGGUUAUGUCUAUGUGUCUAAACUACUGCGUGGGGACGACACCCUUGAUCCCAACACACACAGGGAGCAGUGCAGACUGAUUCGGUUCUUCUGUAGAGACAUCAGUGAGACGAUCGACGUCAGUGUCCUGUAUCCGAGGCUUGUGGAGGACGACUGGAUGGACGACGAAGAUGGACAACUGCUGCACAGACUGGCUGACAACAACGGCCGAAUCUCCGCUGCUAAAUGGCUUAUAUCAGUUGUACUGCCUCGACGUAAGGAAAACUGGUUCAAACAGUUUCUUCAACUUUUAUGGGAUUGUGGCUCUAACAGUCUAGUUGAACUGAUUGAUGAAGAUUUCCAUACCAUUAACAGUUAGCGACUGCGAUCCUUAACCAAGACAUUGUCAGCCCUGCCGUGCAUUACGAUAUGAACUUUACAUUGCAGUUGAGCCGAUGUCUCAUAAGGCGCACGUCUUAAGGCCCCUCUACACAAGGCUGCGACCUUUGUGCCACCUUUGAGUGAUCAAAAACUGGCUAGGACGUUCAAUGUCGCCUAAACCCAGAAAAUCAUGUUUCUAUGUACCUGCCCAGCAGAUGUUCACCAGUAAGUGCUCGAGUCUGCAACCAAAAUGAAACACUUCAGGUACACGCCCUCUAUUUAUAGGCAGGCUGAGGAGGCACUACAGGUAGCUCAAAGGAAGCAGUAAAGAGGCAGAAGCAUUGCCAUGGUGUCUCAAGGGUUGCCGUGGUCGCCGAAUGGAGGCACGGCGGUCGCCAAGGUCAUCGUUCAAUGCACGAUGUUGGUCGCCCAAAGGAAGCACAAGGGAGGCAGAAGCGUCGCCCAUGAUUGACGGGAAAAUAUUUCAGCAGAACGCAUCUGUUACCUGGCGACCAUUGGGCGAUCACUGUGCCUUCAUUCUGCAUCAGCGGCAAUGCUUGUGCCUCCCUGCUGCCUCCUUUGAGCCACCUUUGAACAACC